AUGAGAAAGAAGCUUGGGACCCGCUUUCCUGCUCCUCGAAUUAAAAAGAUUAUGCAAGCUGAUGAGGACAUAGGGAAGAUUGCGAUGGCUGUACCAGUUUUAGUUUCUAAAGCUUUGGAACUAUUUUUGCAAGAUCUUUGUGACAGGACUUAUGAGAUUACUCUCAAAAGGGGAGCAAAAACUGUGAAUUCUUUGCAUUUGAAGCAAUCGGUACAGAGCUUUAACGUGUUUGAUUUCCUCAAGGACACUGUAAGUAGGGUUCCCGAUUUAGGCGGUUCCGAAGCUUCUGCUGAUGAUAGAUCUGCUUCCAAAAAAAGGAGGGUCUCAGAAGACGAACAUAAUGGCAGUGAUGAUGAGUCUAAAAGAAUCCACGUGCCUGAGACUGGCCACACCAGCACUGGUGGGAGAGUUAGGGGCAGGGGCAGGGGCAGGGGUAGGGGUAGGGGCAGGGGUCGGGGCAGGGGCACUCUAGAGAGAGAAUCAAGUGCUCAGAAUGAGAAAUUUGAAGAAGAUCCCGAUGUUUCUUCCCAAAAUGAAAAUCCGGACAAUUUUGCAGGUCCUGCAGAUACUAGCAGUAAGGGUGGGAAGAAUGCAGAUAUGACAGUCAGAAAUUUUGAACUCAAUGUGGACUUAAAUGAGAAUGGGAAUUCCACGCCAGUACUGGCUGGAGGCCCUUCUAACUCAGUGACAAAUCCAGCUCUUGAAAUGAAGCAUGAAGAAAUUCACGGUUGGUCCCUUGAUGGUGUGGAAGGGAUGGCCAUUGAUCCUGUUCAACUUGCCAAUAUCAAUAGGAGGAUAGAUGAGGAAGAAGAAGAUUAUGAUGAGGAAGAAUAA